CUCUGGCUGUCUCCACUCAGUGGGCCUGCUUCUCUGCACACUGCAGGAUGAGAGGGACAACGACAGUAAUAUUAAGGAACGCACACGGUCAUGUUUAGAGUCGGCUCCUCCUCUCGUCCGAUCCAACUUUGGGAGCUCCAAGGCUGCACCGUCAUGUUCAGCACCCAGCCCUCCUCCCUCUGGGAUCCAGGGCAUUGCUGAAACGUCCUUGCUCAUGCUAAGUCCCGUAGUCCCUCCCUCAGAACUUUUCCAAGUUGUUCUCAAAGUUGCUGCAUCAUGUUAACUCACAGUCCCUCCCUCUGUUUUUUGCUGAAGUUGCCAUAUCAUGUUAAGCUGAGGUUUUGUGACGCAGAGUUCCUGUUUUCAUUCAGCUGCUGGAGGGAGGAGACUGAGGAGGAUCAUAUAAAAGAGGGAGACGACUGUAGGCACACAAAGCACAAGCUGCACUGCACAUCCAGAGAGAAAACAGAGAAUCACUGUGGACAUAUUCAACAGACUACCAGACCUACACAACUUCAUCCCUACUGGGCCACAAUGGAGACAGAGAAGAAGACUCAGACAGCAGCAGAGCAGAUGACUGACAGGGAUCUGUCAGAACAAAUCAAAAAGGUGACCAAGGACAGUCACGUCAGGGCAGAAAACACAGAGCUGAUGCUGAGCUUCCAGAGGGGACAAGUCACCCUGCCGCAGUUUAAGCUCCUCCUGUGCUCGAUGUAUGAAGUCUACAAGGCCUUGGAGGAAGAGAUGGACAGGAACUCCAACCACCCCGGCGUCGCUCCCAUUUACUUCCCGGCUGAACUGGCCAGACUGGAGGCCAUCGAGAAAGACCUGGAAUACUUCUACGGCCAGGACUGGAGAGAGAAGGUUGUUGUCCCGGCUGCCACUAAAAGAUACUGCCACAGACUCAGACAAAUCGGUAAAGAAAACCCUGAAUUUCUGAUUGCCCAUGCGUACACUCGUUACCUAGGUGACCUGUCUGGAGGGCAGGUCCUGAGUCGAAUCGCCCAGAAGUCCAUGGGGCUGCAGGGCAGCGAGGGUCUGUCGUUCUUCGCCUUCCCUGGUGUGUCCAGCCCCAACCGCUUCAAACAGCUGUAUCGCAGCCGGAUGAACAGCGUGGAGCUGACGGAGGAGGAGAGGAACGGCGUGCUGGAGGAGGCUGUCAGAGCGUUCGAGUUUAACAUUCAGGUCUUUGAUGAUUUGCAGAAGAUGCUGCGGAGUGUCCCUGAGAACCAGCUGCAGACGUCUAGAACACACUCCACACCGGUGAAGAUACUCCAGAUCCCCGGAGCCAUCAUGCAAUCAUCCCCGCUGCUCAGGACGCUGCUGGGACUCUUUGUGGCUCUGGCCACAGUCAGUAUAGGCAUCUAUGCUUUUUAGAGACGAUACACAGCAAUGAAUACUGUGGUUGUCUUUUUUGUUGCCGUUACUGUAAAUACCUGUAAAUGACUAAAUACUGUAAAAUACUUUUUUGUAAUUAAACUGUGAACCUUAUCAAGGUUUGAAUUAAAGUUAAUUUUCUGUGUAACACUGUUUUCCAGUGUGCAAUAAAGUAAGCUUUUAAUACUGUAAAUAUGUUACCCUUUUAAUAAACAUUUUGUUGAGAAAAAAAAAAAAAAAAAAA